CCAGCACACCACCUGCCUCAUGUGAUUUCCACCUUCCUCCUCUGCUUUCCAGAGGUCCCCAGUGAGAGCCCGCAGACGGGAAAUCACUGUGCUAAGACAGCGAUAAAGGCCAAGAAGGAGAAAGCUGAGGACCGCUGACAGCCCCAAGUUGUGUCCAAGAGCUGCUACUUCCCCUCGUGCCUUCCUCACGCAGACUGCGCUGGGUGCCCCACUCAGUGUGCCUCGCCAUGGUCGUACAGGACAGCAUGGAUGCUGGGGACGGAAGAAUGGGCGUGCGGCUGGAGCCUUUCCUGCACCAGGUUGGAGGGCACCUGAGCAUGAUGCAAUACGAUGAACAUACCGUGUGCAAGCCCCUCAUCUCCCAAGAGCAGAAGUUCUACGAGUCCCUGCCGCUGGCCAUGAAGCGGUUCACCCCUCAGUACAAAGGCACCAUCACCGUAUACCUCCGGAGAGACAGCAGGGGCCACCUCAGCCUGGUUGCCAACCCACUGAAGGAGAACCAGGGGCCCUUCAAGGUCUCCACUGAGUCGGCGGCGGUAGCAAUAUGGCAGACGCUCCAGCAGACCACCAGUAGCAUCGGCGGUGGUACCCACCCCCUCGCCCAGUGGCAGCAUGCCCAGCUGGCGCGCUCACUCAAGGAGAGCCCCGCCAAGGCGCUCCUGAAGUCUGAGUUCCAUUUCAGCACUGAAGUCCCUUCACCAGUGGAAGAUGCCAGUGGGAAACAGGCUGAGAGGAGGAACUUCAACCCGUGGGGCCUGCACUGCCACCAGGCCCACCUGACCCGCCUGUGCUCCGAGCACCCAGAGAACAAGCGGCACCGGUUCUUGUUGCUGGAAAAUGUGGUGUCACAGUACAAGUAUCCCUGCAUCUUGGACCUGAAGAUGGGGACGCGGCAGCACGGGGAUGACGUGUCCGAGGAGAAGAAGGCCCGCCACAUGAGGAAGUGCGCACAGAGCACCUCGGCCUGCCUGGGCGUACGCAUCUGCGGCAUGCAGGUUUAUCAAACUGAUAAGAAGUACUUUCUCUGCAAAGACAAAUACUAUGGAAGAAAACUCUCCGUCGAGGGGUUCAGACAAACCCUCCAUCAGUUCCUGCACAACGGCACCUGCCUCCGCACAGAGCUCCUGGAGCCCAUUCUCCGCCAGCUCCGGGCCCUCCUCUUGGUCAUUAGGAGCCAGAGCUCAUACCGGUUCUACUCCAGCUCUCUCCUCAUCAUCUACGAUGGGCAGGAGCCCCCAGAAAGAACCCCAGGUGGCCUGCAUCCUCAAGAGGCUCCACAGACAGCCCUCAGCAGCUCCCCCAGAAACCUCACCAAAGUUGACAUUCGGAUGAUCGACUUUGCUCACACGACAUACAAAGGCCCCCGGAAUGAGCUCACCACCUACGAUGGACCAGACCCUGGCUAUAUUUUUGGCCUGGAAAACCUCAUCCAGAUCCUGCAGGAUAUCCAAGAAGGGGAAUGAGACUCGUUGGGCCCAUCUGGAUGUUUCUAAGUGUGGAAACCUAUUACAAUGGCCUUGAGUCAAGCACUGAAAUACGGUACCCAAUUAGGGAAAUAAAUCUGGUAAUAAAAUUGCUGAGGUCACUAGUGAUUAUUUGGUGCACCUUAUUACCCUUUCUGUUUGUUUAUUCUGAUCAUCACACUAUAUGGUGGUUGGAAUUUAUGGGAGACUAGAGUAUAUAGCAAGAAUAGUUCACCGAUUUCCUGCAAUCCUUCGGGGAACCCAAGUGGGGAAUGGUAGCUAAUAAAAUAUUUGCAUGUAUCUGCAAGGCAUGCAGGCACCAGACUUGAGAAGUAAGUGGUCCUUUUAUGUGAACCUUAUAAAAUGCAAGAUUAAAUAACAAUUUUUGGAUUCUCAGGGGUAAUUACCAUCAACUUUCCAAAAUCCGUACUACUAG